AUGCAGUUCAGAAGCAGUGGUGAGCUGGGGGUUUACCUCCAUCCCCGAAAGAUGACUUUCUCCAGCCUCUGCUAUCCAGAAUGCGGGGUGGCCCGACCUAGUCCAGUUACUGGCAGCUGCAACGAGCCGUGCGUUAGGCAGUGCCCCGACUCCGAAGUGCUGAUCCGACCCUCCCCGGUUGUUGUGACCCUCCCCGGACCAGUUCUCAGCACUUUCCCUCAGCAGAGCGAAGUGGCAGCCGUAGGAGCAUCUGUGGUCGGAGCUGGUUUCGGAGGCUCAUUUGGUUUGGGGGGAUUGUACGGCUAUGGAGGCCGUUACGGAGGGUUGUAUGGUUUAGGGAGAUAUGGUGGUUACGGGGGCCUUUACGGUUACGGGGGAUUAUUGGGCCACGGGGGAUACUGCGGUUACCCGGGCCUUUACGGUUACGGGGGAUUAUUGGGCCACGGGGGAUACUGCGGUUACCCGGGCCUUUAUGGUAAUGGGGGAUUAUGGGGAUAUGGGGGAUAUGGCUGUAGGUAUCUUGGUGGAUAUUGUGGGCCAUAUUAAACCCAGCAGGAACAUCCAUGGAAGAAGGAAGAACCAGGAAAUGAACAGCAAGAUACAGAUUCAACCCUGAUCUUUUGGGCAUGGCUUUCAGA